GGAAUUUGAAGGAUAACAAAACUCUUAUCUAUCAUUCUAUCUUCUUCACACUUAGAGUGUGAGUAGUGUGUAUGUUUUGGGGUAGCCAUGUCGAGUUCUCGAGAGCGAUUGGUGAAGGCGGUGAAAAAGUUCGUGGGGGUUCGCUACAAGGUUUUCAGCAAUCGUUACGGCCAAAACAUCAUCGACAUAUUGGACUUCCCAAUUAAGGUUGUCUUGUCUCCUUUCACUCUCGCCUUUGACAUUGCCGGCUCUGCACCUCGCGGCUUCGGCGUCCCUGAACUCAUCUCCAAGCUCUCUGCCACUUCCGUCUUCGCUAUAGCUGCUCUUGGAACUUAUGACAUUGCAUUUGAGCUGGGGAGGAAGGUGCUCUGUCAAAGAAAUUGUAAAUCGUGUAAUGGAUGGCGGGCCUUGCGGUGUACAAUGUGCAGAGGAAGUGGGAGGGUGCAUUAUCAAGUGAAGAAUUACACCUUAAAGAGUGGAGAGAAGCCAACUGCUGAAUCUGUAGCAGACGCCAUUGCCAACAAUCGGGCUGAGUUGGUGCAUCUACCAUCAUCAUUGAAUUUUCAAAAUCCACUUCCUUCAAAAGAGUGCCCAACUUGUGAUGGAACGGGUGUAAUGAGCUGUCCUGAAUGCAAACACAGAUUGAUACAUGUUAGGAUCUCAGCAGAUGAUAUUAUGGAGCCCCCAUGGCAAGCUUAUAAUGUCUUGAAAAAAAUGGAUUACCCAUAUGAGCACAUAAUUCAUAGCAUGAAAGAUCCUAGUAUUGCUGCAUUUUGGCUGAUUACAUUUCCUCAGAUCAUGGGUGGAUUUACCUAUGAUGAUGAUGUGAAGCAGAAAAUAUGGUGGCAAUACAAGGAAUCUAGGCGGUAUGAUCAACUCCGAGAUGUGGUAGCCAAGAGGAAACCAGGGUGGGAGUAUCUGCAGGAGGCCUUGAUAUCUAUUGAUCCUGAUCGGGCAAGGGAUGAUCCUGUCAUUGUGAAAAAUGUCCCUUAUUAUAAGGCUCAGAAGGCACUAGAGACAGAGGUUAUGAAGCUUGAUCCUCCACCAAGACCGUCAAAUUGGGGUGAGCUGGACCUUCCAUUGAAUGCUUCGUCUUGGAGUGAGGAGGAUCUCAAAAAUCCAGAAAAGUUCUAUGAAAUGACUGUUCUUCUUAACGCCCAAAGAGAAAUCUCUGAUAAGAUCUUGGAUGCACAGUGGGAAACUAAAUGGCGUCAGGACAAGUUGAAUGAGAUGUUGGAGGCCAAGGUGAAGCCAUACAUUCAGGAUAUAGACAACGCAGUUCUUCCUGAGCCGAUUUUAUUAAAACCACAAGUUCAGGAAAAGAGACAACGGCGGAGGUGGUUUUUCUUUUGACAUCAGGAAAAGCUAUUAUAUAUGCUCCAGCAUGUUUGUUUGUAGUCCAAGUAUUUUUUUUCAUAUGUUCUGUAACUAUGCAUAUUGUUGGAAGCCUGGAUGCAGUGUCUAUCAUCAAGCACACAAGUUGUGCCUCUGUUUUGGUCGUUAUUUUGUGGAGGAACCAGUUGUUUUUGACACAAGAAAUACCAUUUGUGGAAAAGAAAGCCCAGAGAAACAUGCAAGAAGAAAAAAACCUUGGCAGAUGUUACAUUUGGUAUUGUGACAGACAUGUUCCGAAGGUACCAUAUUUAGAUUAUUCCUUGAAAUAUCCUGUAAUCCAAUCCUUUGUGUUCUUUAUUAUCGUCUGUUCUGAGCAAUGAAUUAUCUUCACUGCUGAUAUAUUUGAUGGUUUUUACAUUCA